CGAGGAGCCGACCGACGCGCUCUGCGGCUCUAUCCGACCACUUCACAAUCCAACAGAAAUUAUCUUUCAUCAUCCGCUACAAAAUGUAUAAUAACUAGACCCCACAAAAUGUGCGCGUUAAUUCGCCAGCUUUCUUGUCCGCGAAAUGACUCGCGUACGACUCGAGUCCCGCGCGUGUCAGCAUAGUAUACCGACGAUGUUGUACGUUUGAGUUUACGUCUGAACUAAUACAGCGAAAAUGCAUCUUCACUUCGAGAGAAACGUUAAUGCAAAAUGCGACUGCUCCAUACUGUCGCUGUCCUGGAUGGGGAAGGUGCCUGACGAGCUUCCUGAGGAGGAGGGUUGGAAGCUCAACCGCAAUAACUAUUACCAAGAAGGAUGGUUGGCUACAGGGAACGUCCGCGGAGUGGUUGGAGUCACAUUCACAUCGUCGCAUGCGCGCCGGCCACACGAACUGCCGUUGCGCACAAAUUAUAACCUUCGUGGACAUCGAUCUGAUGUGAUCCUAGUAAAAUGGAACGAGCCAUACCAGAAGUUAGCGUCGUGCGACAGCAGCGGAGUGAUCUUCGUGUGGAUCAAAUACGAAGGUCGCUGGAGCAUCGAGCUGAUCAACGACAGAAGUACUCCAGUCACACACUUCUCCUGGUCACACGACGGACGGAUGGCACUCAUUUGUUAUCAGGACGGGUUCGUAUUGGUUGGCUCGGUGGCAGGCCAGCGCUACUGGUCGUCCAUGUUGUCGCUGGACGCGCGCAUCACAUGCGGCUGCUGGACGCCGGACGACAACCAGGUGUACCUGGGCACUGCCUCCGCACAGCUCGUCGUCAUGGACGUCCACGGCGCUAUGGUUUCACAGGUACAAUUAGUAGCUGAAGGCGGCAUCAUUUCAAUGGCUUGGUCGUGUGAGAAGUUCAAGAUGGAAGAGGGUGAGGAGACCGGGGAGAACAAUGGGGGGCAUGUGCUGGCCGUGGCGCUUGGGAGCGGGGAAAUAGUUCUACUGCGAGGACACGAUGACGUCAGCCCCGUGCGGGUGUCCACCGGCCUGCGGGGGAACACGCUCGCCAUGGAGUGGGCCAACUCUAGGGAACUACUGGCUGUGGCGGGCACUCUCAUUGCUGAAGCUGACGAGCAGGCAGAUUCACCUCCUUACAAGAAUGUCGUCAAGUUCUAUUCCGACACCGGGGCACUCAUCUACACCGUGCCCAUACCUUACUCACAGGGCACGGUGCGCGCGCUGACGUGGGGCCACUGCGCGCGGCGCCUGUUCGUGGUGGUCCUAGUGUAUAGACAGGUCGUUGCGCAGGGCACGGUGCGCGCGCUGACGUGGGGCCACUGCGCGCGGCGCCUGUUCGUGGUGGUCCUAGUGUAUAGACAGGUCGUUGCGCAGGGCACGGUGCGCGCGCUGACGUGGGGCCACUGCGCGCGGCGCCUGUUCGUGGUGGUCCUAGUGUAUAGACAGGUCGUUGCGCAGGGCACGGUGCGCGCGCUGACGUGGGGCCACUGCGCGCGGCGCCUGUUCGUGGUGGUCCUAGUGUAUAGACAGGUCGUUGCGCAGGGCACGGUGCGCGCGCUGACGUGGGGCCACUGCGCGCGGCGCCUGUUCGUGGUGGUCCUAGUGUAUAGACAGGUCGUUGCGCAGGGCACGGUGCGCGCGCUGACGUGGGGCCACUGCGCGCGGCGCCUGUUCGUGGUGGUCCUAGUGUAUAGACAGGUCGUUGCGCAGGGCACGGUGCGCGCGCUGACGUGGGGCCACUGCGCGCGGCGCCUGUUCGUGGUGGUCCUAGUGUAUAGACAGGUCGUUGCGCAGGGCACGGUGCGCGCGCUGACGUGGGGCCACUGCGCGCGGCGCCUGUUCGUGGUGGUCCUAGUGUAUAGACAGGUCGUUGCGCAGGGCACGGUGCGCGCGCUGACGUGGGGCCACUGCGCGCGGCGCCUGUUCGUGGUGGUCCUAGUGUAUAGACAGGUCGUUGCGCAGGGCACGGUGCGCGCGCUGACGUGGGGCCACUGCGCGCGGCGCCUGUUCGUGGUGGUCCUAGUGUAUAGACAGGUCGUUGCGCAGGGCACGGUGCGCGCGCUGACGUGGGGCCACUGCGCGCGGCGCCUGUUCGUGGUGGUCCUAGUGUAUAGACAGGUCGUUGCGCAGGGCACGGUGCGCGCGCUGACGUGGGGCCACUGCGCGCGGCGCCUGUUCGUGGUGGCGGGCGGCGCGGUGUGCACGGCGCGCGUGUGGCGCGUGGUGGCGCCGCUGCAGCUGCUGGCGCGGGUGCGUGCUGCGCAGGCGCUGCGCGACCCGCGCCUGGCGCCGCGCCUGCCGCUGCCGCCGCGCCUGCAGCCCGCGCUCGCCAACCUCUUCGCGCACACUAUACGGUGCAACGUUCCGGAGACGAACGAACUCCGUCUGUUCGUAUCCCGUCCCCCGGCGGCGGGCGGUCGCCUGCACUGUACGAUGUUGCGGCACGACGACGAGGAGGCGGGGGCCUACACUCUGUACCUGGAACACCUCGGGGGACUAGUGCCACUGCUCAAGGGUAGAAGGACCAGCAAGAUUAGACCUGAGUUCGUCAUCUUCGAUCCACAAGCUGAAGCGGAGAAAGCUUCGAGUAGCAGCAGUAGUAGCAGUAGCAGCGGCGCGACGAGCUCGUCCAGCGGGGGCGGCACCGCCUCGCCCCGCACGCCCCGCGCCGCGCGCCCCCGCCCCCGCCACGCCCUGCACGGACACACCUCCUCCUCCGACACUGAGCGAGAAGAAGGUUGCUCCGGGUCCCCGCGGCUACAACGCCGGCGCCGGGCGCGGGAGAGACGGAAAGUACGGAACUCCAGUGAGAAGGAAGACACGCCUGACGAACUCGCCUACAUCGACUCCUUGCCUGAGGAUGUACGUUUAGUAGAAGUGACAUCUAAUAUAUGGGGAACUAAAUUUAAAAUGCACGGUUUAGCUAAAAAUGUCCCGGCCAACCUCGGCCAGGUCACAUAUAAGACGUCCUUGCUCCACCUCCAGCCGAGGCAGAUGACGCUCAUGAUCACGGAGCUCCGGGACGACUAUCCCGUCGGCCCGGACCCUAACUUCAAUCCUAACAUCUUCUCCGAGGAUGAAGAGGAAGUGUUUCAGUCCAACGACUCCAACGAUUCUCCGUCGCAUACUAAUAAUAAUAUCAGAAGAAAAUUAACUCUCAACGAAAGGUUAAAUAAUACCAACAACAGCAAUCAAAACGACAGCUACGCGGCUAACAACAACAACCAGAGCAGUCCGUCGCUCGCACGAGCCGAGUCGUACGACGAGUUCCCUUACAUCGACACCAACACCAACGAGACCGUCAACAACGUACCGGAGACUGUGUACUCCGCGGCCGUGCGACACGCCAGCCAGGCCGAGAGGAGAGUCAGCAACACCGCCGGCGUCCCCAACCGACACGCCAUCUCCCCACUACGCUGUGAGAGCUCGGUCCCCACGCUGCAGUCGCCUAAAAACGCUGUAGCGCCCACAGACAUCAUAUUUGAGAGGCCUUCCCCGCAGACUGUCACGUGCGGGGGCCGGGGCGACUUCUGCGGGGGCAGGACUGACUACAGCGUGCGUGGAGACAACGUGUCGCUCAAAGGGAACUUGUCCAACAUCGAACAACAAUCUUUUAAUCUUAAUUUAAGUCUCGAACCGAGCAGACAAGUCACGAUAAAGAAAUGUGAUAAUCACGUCACUGACAAUUGUCUUUCCAAAUUACGCAAAAACAUUUGCAGCAGAGGCGAGUCUGCUUCGUACGACAUGAACACGAGGAUCCUUAAAUCGCUCUGUAACAAAAAUUACGAGCAUGAAGUGCACCCAGACGCUCUGAGUAAACGCGGUGAAGCAAUGAAACACUUGCAGAAGAGUGAGGACUUGAAGUUCAUUGACGAGGAGACUCCCGUGGAUACCACUAUCAGUAAUCUAACCGACAAGGCUCGAGAGGUGACUGGUAAAGUUCAGAGGACGACGACCGUGGUGCCUAUUAGUCCUGUGUGCGCGACCAUCCCCGUGUACGACACGAUGACUAGGAGCUGCAGCGUCGGCUAUCUGGAUCUCGUGGACCCUCAGGUACUACACGCUCAGGUGAGUUUGACCGCACUGCGGGGCGAGCCGCCGCGGAGACUGGUACUCGUCAACAACAAGCGGCACCGGCGACAGCGGCGACACGUGCGCGCCGGAGACUCCAAGCAGGCCGAGUGUACCAAGACACCGAGCUUACGGAGAUGUGGCAAGUCUAGGAGUCUCGAUUCCAGUGAAAUGUCACUAACCGUAGAUAAGAGCAAGCGGCAGUCGCGUGUGGAUACAGUGUCUCCGAAGGCGGAGGCGACGUCGGCGCAGUCCAGCAGCCGCUGCACCAGCGCGGGCGAGGAGUACAGCGGCACGUCGGCGUCCGACAGCGGGCGCGGGGCGCGGCGCGCGGCCGGCGCGGCCUGCUCCACGUGCCGCGGGGCGCCGCCCGUGAGUUCGGCGCCCGCGUCCCCGCGGCCCCGCCCCGCGCGCGAGCACGGCGCCACGCCCGCGCCCGCACCGCACACGCCGCAACACACUCCUCCACGCAGACAUCGGUACUCCUCCGCAUCUCCUAUCAGACAACUUUUGAACUCUCCUCUUUUGAAUCGAAGAAGAAACAAGAAACCGUCCGAAAGUUCCGACGACGAGUACUCAACGGGCGGUGGCUAUAGCGAGGUCAAUGGCAAGAACUAUAGAGAUCUGGAGAGUUUCCAGAAGGCACAACUUAGGAAUAAGUUGAAGCGCGCGGGUGGCGUGAUGUCGGGCAGUAGUUCGACCAGCGACAGCCGCAACACCAGCGCGCGGCGCCAGCUCGUCAUGCACAACAAGGCGCCGAUGUGGAACGAGAACAGCCAGGUCUACCAGCUCGACUUCGGGGGCCGCGUCACACAGGAGUCCGCCAAGAACUUCCAAAUAGAAUAUCAUGGCAAACAGGUGAUGCAGUUCGGCCGUAUCGAUGGAAACGCGUACACACUGGACUUCCAGUACCCAUUCUCAGCGCUUCAAGCCUUCGCGGUGGCUCUCGCCAACGUCACUCAACGACUGAAGUAAACUCCAUCCUUACGAUCGCUAAUAGCACUCUGCCCUCGUAGCCAAGCUGACCGGAGGCUGGCCCAUCAUUGUGUUAUUCUGAUUAAAACCUGUCGCAGUCGACAGACUUUUGCGUUGCAGUUCUAUAUUAUCAUAUUAUCACUAACGUCACAUUCACAUUAUGCGGUAAGCAUAUAGCAGCUAGUUGUUAGAUAACAUUUCUGUCCAUAUAAUGAGUCUCAUACGAACUUGUGUUCGCCAAUAUCCUCGGUCAGCGUCCUCGUUAGAAGCUGUUACGACAUUGAUCGAAUAAGCUUUGUACACAUAAUAGUCUUCUUUAACGCGUAUUGAUCAGCGAACUCGCCCAUCCAAAUAUAUUUUUUACACAAGCGUAGAUAGGAUAGCCUUGUAAAGUUUCAAAUUCGAAGAAAUCGGAGACAUUAUAGUAGGGGAGCCCAUGAUGGAAUUUCGGUAAUUACUCAAGCGCAUUAUAUCAGGGGAAUGAUCAAUUUUGGUACAUAUUAAAAAUAUGGCGUCGCCGCCGAUGAAACAAGUUGAUCGGUCUGCUCACAGUGGUUGCUUUUCAUAGUAAUGCUUACUUACAUACUGCUUCUCGUAAAAUAAUACCUACAAUAGAGAUAUUCCAUUGUUUGCCAUCAGACAUUAGCUAGGGUCCACCUCUAAAGAAGCUUUAGUGUCUGGUACAAAUAACCGCCGUCAAAAUGAGUUUGACAGUAUUGAUUAUUUAUUAAUAGCUAUAUAAUAUUUUCUUAAACAUUUACAAUCCGGUGCUUCCCUACAACACUCGAAUAAUUCCUUUAGCAUCGUGGGCUGAGGGCUCCCCUACUAUUGGGACCACCACGGACAGCUUAUUAUGUCUUAUGUAAAUUUCAUGAUACCACUUUAGCAAAAAAGUAAAUAGGUAAUUUAAGAUACAAAUAUAUAUUUUCACGAUAGACAUUUUGCAUACCUGUGAAAUAAUUCUAAAGAAGUGACUUAUUGUACUGGCCUAUAGUUUGUAGUUAUCACAACCUCUUGAUGUUGUAAGUCGGGCUCAUAACUAUAGUGAAGUUAUAAUUUGGUCCUUGAGUAAUAUUUUAUGUAUUACAGCAAUAACAAAGGUAUCGCGGUGCCAUUGUUUUGAUAUUUAGUUACCGAGCAUGCGGCCUAGGUAUGUCACGCAUUCUUGCAGGUAAAAUAUCACUGUCCAUCAGUUAAUAUCGAAAUAAAGUCUAGUGAAUAUAAUGUGCGUGUUAGCACGUUCUAGGUGAAGACAUUGUUGUAAUGUGUGUUAUCUUUAACUAUUGUUGUUGUCAUUGUAUCAUUACUAUUGCAUUUAUUACCUUAUUGUUCUAGGUGUUUACAGUUUUGUUUAUAAAUUGCAAAUACGAUUUAUCGUGCAAUUGAAAGUUACAGAUUUAUGUAAAACAUUGUUUUAAUAUUAUUUUAUAGAAUUAUAUUCGUUUAAGAUAAAUGAACUGAUUUAUUGAAGCGUAAUACCUGUGUACAUAAGCGUUCUACAUAAGUGCAUACCUAGCAUUAGUGUGAGUAAGAAGUUAUUUUGAUUGCACUUAUGUUUUUUACUUUUUAUCAAAACUUACAUAUCUAUGGUUAAUUAUUACUAGAUUGUUAGAAGUGUUAUUGUCAUUAAUUUUCACAGAUUCAUUUUAAAGACUGCACUACAUGAAUAUAUUUUGAUACCUACUUUAUUAAUUACUGUGUCGUCUAAUUUAGUAAAUAUUAAUGUUAAGUAAUGUCAGAUAUGCCAAGUUAGAUUUGUUUCUGUUGCUCAACUAUUUUGUGUUUUUGAAUGUUGUGGUGUUUACAUUAUAGAUAUGAAAUGAAAAUUAAUAAUUAUUACCGAUGUCGCCUGUUCAACUGAUUACAGAUUUAUGAUAUUAUGGAGGGGCUAUAAGCUUGCUUUACACUUUUCAUUAGUUUAGUUAUAAUUUUCCUGAAGCGUAACACUCUUAGAGCUCUUCCCAAAUACAUAAGCAUCAAUGUUUUUUUAAUAUUUUUCCAAAUAUAUGAUGUUUUAUUACUAUUGUUUUCUGGAAAGGAAUGUUAAUGUUAUAACAACUUCAGAUAUAAUAAUAUUUGUUUUUCAUUCUCAAAAAUUCUUAGAGAACAAUACAAUUCUAUGCUAGCAAGACCCAGGCGUGUCUAUUCUCCGCCAAACGGAGUCAAUUUCCGCUGACUCCUACUUUCCGGAAUGUAUCCGUACCGAUAACCGAUCGUCUUGAGCUUCUUGGUGUAACUCUGACGCCCACGCUCAACUUUGGCUCAUAUAUAGAGUCAAAAGCGCAACUGGCUGGUAGGAAGUUGGGUGUCCUAUGGAGGGUGAGACGGUACUUCACGCCG